UCCUGUUAGAAACGGCUCAGCCUGGGCCAUUCUCUUUAGUGUUUGCCCUGUCUUCCUUUUACGAUUACAGCAAUAUUUAAAAGAAAAAGAACAGAAGACAAAAAGGAAACCCAAAUCGCCCAAAGCGAUUAACUGGUCGCGUGCAGCCUCACCCUGAUCACAUGGAAUAACGCACUCAUAUCUAUUGGACUAACGGAUAAGAAGAAAGAGCUUUGGUGAUUAACUUAAACUUUUGCUGCAGUUCUGUCAUCAAAAGUUUUGUCUUGGAAGCAAAGAUGUCCCAAAUUCAGGUCCAGAGUACAGCUCUUACUCUCUCCACAGGCAACCCUCUGCAAAAUAACUCGCAACCAAUGAAGCCUCUUAUUCCUCAGCCUAUGAUGAGUAUUCCUUCUGUACCAGGGUGUCUGCCAUCUGAGAAUGCUGGACAUCCAGUUAAAAGCUCAUCCUUACCAUCGUCUUCUGCUACCCCCAUUAGUACAGCUGUAGUUCCCCACAUGGCAAACCCCAAAGAGAAAACCCCAAUGUGUCUUGUGAAUGAGUUAGCCAGGUUCAAUAAAGUCCAGCCUGUAUAUAAACUUUUAAGUGAACAAGGACCAGCUCACUCCAAGAUAUUUGCAGUACGAUUGGCUUUAGGAGAUCAGUGCUGGGAAGCUGAGGGAACCAGUAUAAAGAAGGCACAACAUGCAGCCGCUGCCAGUGCACUGGCUGAAACCACUUUGCCAAAGCCCAGUAUUCGUUCACCUCGCCACACAGGCAGGAAUUCAGUUUCACAUCUAACAAUGAUGACAUCACGAAAACAUCUUAUCUUUCAUGAAGAUUUGAGUCGGACUUUUCAACAUUCUGAAAACAGUUUAAACCAAACAGUGGAGUUAAAUGCACUCUGCAUGAAAAUUGGAAAAAAACCUAUUUACAAACCCAUUGAUCCCUACCCUGGAAUGAGGCCUAAUUUUAACUAUAAUGUCCGGGCCCCAGGCCCUUAUCCAAGGUAUUAUUAUCCCUUUCCACCAGUUGGCCCAGUCCUCUACCAGAUGGAAUUAUCAAUUGGAGGACAGCAAUUUCAUGGCAAAGGAAGAACCAGACAAGCAGCAAAGCACGAUGCAGCUGCUAAAGCAUUAAAAUUUUUGCAGAAAGAACCUCUGUUAGAAAAAAAAUCAGAGAUCAAUGGUGGCGAAUCAGAUCAAAAUCUAAACAAAUCUGAAAUAAGUCAAGUAUUUGAAAUUGCACUGAAACGGAAUAUGCCUGUCAACUUUGAGGUUACUAAGGAGUCUGGCCCCCCGCACAUGAAAAGUUUUGUUGUGCGCGUUUCUGUAGGAGACUUUUAUGGUGAUGGAGAGGGAAAAAGUAAAAAGAUUGCCAAGAAAAAUGCAGCGACUGCUGUCCUCAAGGAGCUUAAAAAACUCCCUUCACUACCCUUGGUUGAAAAGGUCCAACCACGCAUUAAAAAGAAAUCAAAGUCAAUAGUCAAGCUUCAGACCAGCCCAGAAUAUGGUCAAGGAAUGAAUCCCAUCAGUCGACUAGCUCAAAUUCAGCAGGCAAAGAAAGAAAAGGAGCCGGAGUACACAUUAAUUACAGAGAGGGGUCUUCCUAGGCGCAGAGAAUUCAUUAUGCAGGUUAAAAUCAAUGAUCAGACUGCCGAAGGGGUGGGUCCUAACAAGAAGGUUGCUAAGCGUAAUGCAGCAGAGAAGAUGUUGGAACUAAUGGGCUUCAAAGUGCCUCCACCACAUCCACCCAAACCUGCACUAAAAACUGAUGAAAAAGUGCCAAUGAAGAAGACAGGUGAUGGCAGAAAAGUUACAUUUUUUGAGCCAGGCUGUCCUGAAGAGGGAGCUUCAGUCUCUACAGGCCAUAAGGAUGAUGAGUUCAGAAUGCCAUAUUUAAGCCAUCAGCAGCUCCCAGCAGGAAUCCUGCCAAUGGUGCCAGAAGUGGCUCAGGCUGUGGGUGCCAAUCAAGGACAUCACACCAAAGACUUCAGCAGGCCCCCAAUUAACCCAGCCAAGGCCACAUUUACGGCAAUGAUCGCACGGGAACUGCUCUAUGGUGGCACAUCUCCAACAGCUGAGACUAUUUUGAAAAAUAACAACAGUCUUGCACACCUUCCUCUCGGACCACUUACACGUCCAUCAGAGCAACUUGAAUAUCUUUCCAGAGUACAAGGACUUGAGGUGGAGUAUAAAGAUUUCCCCAAGAACAACAAAAAUGAAUUUGUUUCUUUGAUAAACUGUUCUUCUCAGCCACCCCUCAUCAGUCAUGGAAUUGGUAAAGAUGUGGAAUCAUGCCAUGAUAUGGCUGCCCUUAAUAUAUUGAAAUUAUUGUCAGAUUUGGACCAACAAACAAAUGAUAAAACAGGAAAUGGACCAAUGUCAGUGAAAGCUGAUUAGUGCUUCUUGUCUAACCAGACAUCUUUGUCAAUAAGGACAUUGUGAGGUAGGGUCAAACAGAAUUGUGAAGUGCGGCAUGUGACAGCAAUGGAUCGAAGAUUCAUUGGAAAGCAUGCUGGGAGUCUCCACAUUAAAUGAUGUGAAAAAACCAGAAGAAAACGGAAAAAUCUCUCCUAAAACCAGUUAACCCCAUAGGAGGAGAAAAGAGGGAAAAACUGAUGACUACCUUGUGGUGCGAAACAGAGCUAUGAAAAAACAAAACGGAGAACAAUCGGAUGCGUACCUUUACAGUUUCAGUGCACUGCAGUGUCUAAAUUAAUAUCAUUGAUAACCCAUUGACAGUGUUUACCGUUAAAUGGCUCUUAAUUAAAGUGGGCUAUUUUGUUAAUUCAUGGUUGUUUGUUUCUUAGAAAUAAAUUAGUUGAUUUAAAGGAUAUCAUAUCCAGAUAUGUGGUUUUUAAUUUUUGAAAUAAAAAUCUAUACGUUAAAAGAAACUCUUUAUAAAUUAAGUUUUCUUCAGUGUGGCUACUGAUUUAAGUUGUUUGUAGAAAGGAUUUCUAUUUAUUUUCUUUGCCAAGUCCGUCAUGGAGGUGUCAGUCUUUGAUGUAAAACUACAUUACUGGAUAUGAUGAAGCUAAAUAAAAAGUUUAAAAUGCAAAAUAAAUUUAAUUGAGCGCUCUAACAGGAAACCAGAAAAGUUACGUACAUCUCCAUGUAGGGCCUAAAGGGUUUUUGUGAUUUGUAAUGUUUGUAUUGUCAUAGUAAAAUGGGCACUAACAUUUCUAUUUCAUAUAGUCCAAGAAUGAAACCUUUUUGCCAAGUUUUUGUAGUGCUUAAACUUGUCAUUGUUUACCAUACACAUUUUUUUCUCCCUAUGGAAUGUAAGUAAAACUUGUGCACAUUACAUUCAAAAAUAAACAAGUGUUGGUCCAUUUUUUUUCUGCCAACCUCCCAAA